GUAAAAGCACGAAAAUAUUAUAUGACAUGAACAAACUUGCUUGAUGACAACUUUGCUCAGUCAAAUACUUAUUAUCUAUCAAUUACGUAUUUACAGAAGUCUUGAUUUGAACUACAUUUAUGCGUUUAUUUGCUAAACCUAGUCUUCCCCAAUGUUGUUUUCUUCUUAUUUCAGACAUCCUAAUGUAAUUAUAUUGACAACAUCGAACAUAACUAGAGCCAUAGACGUUGCGUUCGUGGACAGAGCCGACAUCAAACAGUAUAUUGGUCCGCCAUCAGCCAAAGCUAUUUACAAAAUUUACCAUUUGUUUACCAGUAUCAUAUCACCAGCCACUCAAAUUUUGGAUUUAAGCUUUGUCGACAACGAUGUAACACACUGUAGUCUUGAAUUAAAGAAGAUAGCCGAAAAAAGUUAUCAACUAAGUGGUCGAACUCUUCGUAAACUACCAUUCCUUGCACAUGCGCUGUAUUCGAAAGCGCAAACGAUAACCUUAGAAGAGUUUUUGAAUAAUCUUUCAAUGGUUGUCGACAAGCAGUUCAAAGAAAAAGAGAAUCUUUGCUCAGUUGGUGAAGAAAAAAGCGUGCAAACGUGAUCUUUUUAGCGAUUGUAUACUUUUUAUACAUUCAUAGUAAUAUUUUGGAUAUGUUUUGUUGAAGAUUAAGAUUUUUGUAUUGCUCAAUUUAAGUUCAAUAAGUAACAUAGAUCACAAAGUUUGCUAAUUUAUAUUGAUGCUUUAAGACUCCUUACAUGACGUUUCCGCAACACACCCGAGGUCAAAGUUCGUAUAUAUUAAAAUGCAACAAUGUGUAUAGUUCGUUAUUGAGGAUAAUGUAUAGAUUAUUUUACAUAGGGAAAGAUAUUUAUACGCUAUAGUUAAUUGUAACUGUUUAAUUUCAACUUAUGUUUACAUUAAAUGACAUCCUUAAGCCAACUUUA